AUAAACCAACUAGGCACCAACUUAGGUACAUUUAUCUAAAUGGUAAUCAUCACUGACGAUAACUUGCUGCCUACCUAUCGGAAUUUUAACUGCACUAAAAGUCUGAAACAUUUCACCGUUAAAAACAACGGAAGCCGGUUAAAACCAGUAGGAAAUCAAAACUGACCACGUCUGCACAUUCCAAUAUGAGCAAAGUAACCUUCAAAAUCACGCUAACUUCGGAUCCUAAGCUGCCCUUUAAGGUGCUCAGUGUUCCAGAAGGAACACCCUUCACGGCAGUUCUAAAAUUUGCUUCGGAGGAGUUUAAGGUUCCAGCGGAGACGAGUGCCAUCAUCACGGACGAUGGAAUUGGUAUCAGUCCACAACAGACUGCAGGAAAUGUUUUCCUGAAGCACGGAUCCGAGCUGCGCCUUAUACCUAGAGAUCGGGUGGGCCACCAACUAAGCUAGUUUCCCCAAUACCUUUGCAUUUUCCCCAUGAGAUUUCCCCCUUUUUCAAUGCUUAUUAAAAUGUUAAACGAUGUAAACGGUAA